AUGUUUUUUCAAUUUCAAAGUUGUUUGUUUUGUUUCUUCACUUUAUUUCUUUUUAUAUUUGUUAAUUUUUCCUGUCCUAAAUAUCUCUUAUUUCUUGUUUUUUUUAACUUUUUGGCCUUGUAUUUUCUUUCCUUUUUCCCAAACAAUCACUCCAUCCAUCUUUUUUCUUCUUCAUACCUUCCUUUCUUUUCUUUUUUCAUUUUUUUUUUUUUUAUCAUUGUUCUUUCAUUGGUUUCCUUUCUUUGUCUAUUUCUUUUUUCUUUUUAUUUCUACUUUCCUUUUUCCAUUCUUUUUUCUUUCUCACUUUCUUUUCAAUUUGUGUUUUUAUUUUUUAUUUAUUAUCCUCUCCCUGAUUCAUUUCAUUUUGUCAUGAUCUCUUUUCAUUUUCAUUAUUUUUUUUUUUUCUUUCUUUCUUUCUUUUUUCUUUCUUUCUUUCUUGUUUCAUAUUCUUUUUCUUUUAUUUUCAUAUUCUGUCUUUCUUUAUUAUUCUUUCUUUUUGCAAAAGUCUUUUUUUUUUCUUUUUCAUAUUCAUUCCUUUCUUUUUCAUAUUCUUGUUCUUUUCUUGCUUGUUUAUUUUGGCUUUGUUGUUUUUCUUACUCCUCUUUUUGUUCAUUUCUUCCUUCCUAUUUUUCUUUCAUUCUUUCUUUUUUAUCAUUAUCUAUUCUUGAUCAUUUAUUUAGACUUCUUCUUUUUUUUCUUUCUUUCUUUUUCCUUUUUCUUUCUUCUUUCUUUAUUUCUUUCUUUUUUUCUUAUUAUAGUCAUCCUUCAUUUUAUUUUUUCUUGACUAACCAUGCUACUUAUUCCAACUGUUUUCCUUCUUUCUCUCCUUCCUUCAUUCUUUAUUACCACUGUAUUUUAAACUUUUUUCUUUGCUUUGUUUUAGUUCUUUUGUUUACUUGUGCCAUUAUUCUAAGUAACCUAACCCUCACGAAACCCAAAACUCCUACUAAUUUAAGCAUGCUCAGCCCUGGGCUAUGGUUUUGA